AUGAUUCGAAGACAGAGAGUCCCCACUGCACUGAUAUCUGUUACCAUUUGCCCCAUUGAAGCGCUAUAUCGUGCUUCGGAAAGAUGCUACGUUUUGCAGCAAGACCCGGAGGAUCCAGCGGAGAUAUGGAUCGUGAUAAUAUUCGGGCUGGAUGACGCCAAUACGACGCUUCACCAUGCUCGCGAACUUGCACAGCAGCUUAUGGACAGCAAAGACUCAAAUGCUUUUAAAUACGAGUAUUUGUUCGAACGGGAAAUCCCGACGAGCUACCUGCAGCACAACGUCUCGCUCAAAGAGCUAAUCAAACGCGGACUAACAGACGGGAUGUUCCUCAACAUAGAAGGCUCUUUUCCAAGCACUCUGGAAGAAUUCCGGAAUGUGGUAAUGAGCGCAAUAUUGUCGGACGCUUAUGGCGCUGGUCGUUGGCUAGGAGGCGCCCGAGCUUUCGGUGCCGGGCACCUAUUCUCUUGGAAGUUCAGGCGCAUCGAUCGGUAUCGCCAAUAUAUCGAUGUAUAUUGGGUGAAUGAUGAAGGAGACCUUGAAUUUGACUAUGGUCUUGAGUUUGGGAGCAUAUGA